CAAUCCUGUUUUAAGUGGUUUGGUGGAUGGGUAAUCAACCAAAAUACUCAAAAAGCAUCAUAGAGGUCAUGGCAUCCAGUAAACCUACACCUUGUUUGAACACAGAGUGUGACAAACAUAGUCAACAGUUCAACUGGUACUGCCCCUGUCAUUUAAAGCCUUGCUGUGAUGAAUGUAUUUCCACCAGUCAUUCAAAGUGUACUGGAAUAAAAAGUUUAGCUAGGGUAGUGGAGGAAACAACGAUUCAAAAAUCAAAAGAAUCUUUAGAGAAAGAUAUCAACUCCCUAAUACAUCUCUUGGCUGAAAUGGUAAAUAACAAAUCAAGAAACAUCAAAACAAUAGAACAGCAAUGUGAAGACAUAAAGAAAUCAGUAGUUGAACCCAGGAAUGAAAUGGAUCAACAUUUAGACAACCUAGAGAAGAAGUUCUGUCAAGAGACAGAUACCAUCUGGGACAAGGAAAAGUCAAAAGCAACAGAUUUCAUUACUGAAAUUGAAGGAAAAAAGAAAAACUUAGAGGAAAUGAAAGACCAUUUACAUACAGUCAUAACACAUAAAUCAAAACUCCAAUCUUUUCUAGGUGUCCAUCAGAUUGAACAAGAAGUGCAUCAAUGUCAGCAAUAUGCUGAAGGUCUCGAAAACGAUGAGAGAGCCAAAGAAGUUGACAUCAAAUUGAAGCAAAAUGAUGAGAUAGAAAUGAUAGUAAGCGAACUAGGACCAUUAGAAUCCUUAGGAGAAGUAAUCGUUGUUAAAAAAGAAAACAACUUGAACACAGAAGAAAAUUUGAGUAAAGAAGCACAAGUACAAGUACAAAAACAAUCUAACAUAAACAAGAUGAAAAUGAAUAUCGAGGAACAGAUAAAGCUGAACAUAAUUGCUGGUAUAUGUGAGACCAUUUGUCUGAUAGACGGAAGAGUUAUUCUAGGUGAAGGAAUAGGUAAUGUUGACUUACUUACUGCCGAUGGCAAAUUUAUUAAAAAGUUACCAAUACCUGAUGAAUCCUGGAGUGCAACACAGAUCAAUCACGACACUAUUGCCUUAACUUUUCCUCAGAAGAAAGCCAUUAGGUUCUUCAAUAUGGAGAAUGAAAAAGUUACCACAGUUAUCCCAUUUGACAAAUUAUGCAGUGGUCUAUCCUUCUCAAAUAAUUCUUUGGCUGUAGGUUUGGGUAAAGAUGAAAUCCGUAUCAUAGACUUGGAAGGAAAUACACUUAAGUCAAUAGAAAUUGAGAGUAAUUCAGGACCAGAAUACCUUGUUUACCGUAAUAACAGAGUAAUUUAUAGUGAUUUUGAAGGCCAAGCAGUAUCCUGUUUUGAUGAAUCAGGUCAACAGAUCUGGAAAUAUGAAGAGGAUUUAUUAGGACCAGCAGGACUUUGCAUAGAUACCUUUGGUAAUGUCAUUGUAGUAGACUAUUACGCUCGCAGAAUAAUAGUAAUAUCAAAAGAUGGACAGGAUAGUAAAGUACUUGUUAGCGAAGAGGAGGAUGGACUAAAAGAACUCAGGUGUGUUUGUUUAAAAAAAAAUGAGUCUAAAGGUUAUAUCUGUAAUAACAGUGCCACAAACUUGGCAAAAUUCAGUUUAUCUUAUGAAUAAAAUAGGUCCUGAUAAUAUUCAUACAUAUAUAUUUAAUGGAAAACUGGAAUGAGAGUGAACUAACAACAAAUAAAGGAUCCAAGUACUUGUCAAACAACUAGUAAAUAGCAAAAGAAAUUAUAAAUUAUUCCCUUUCUAUCAAUUUCCUGAAGGAACAAAAAGAACAAGAAACUGGGACAACAAAAUCAACACCAGAACAUUAUGCUGUUAGCAUAUAUUGUAAACAAGACUGUUCCAUUCUGAUUCAGCUUGAUGCCCAGUGCACCAUACUAGCUAAUCAACAUUGUAUCAUAGUUUUUAGAAGUAAAGAAAAUCAUUUACUUGUCA